CAUUUCUCUUUUUUUCCAGUUACCGAGCGAGACGAGUUGUUGAAUCGUUCGGCGGACGCGGAGGAGCAAGGAACAAGGCGAAGGCGAAGCCGCCGCGCAAUAAACCAGAGCGGUGCGGAAAGACGACCGGGCGGCGGUGGUGGUGGGUGCGCGUGAUCACACGGCGAAAUCGAGAGAGCGGAUCGAGAGCUGGUCGUGCGGCCGCGUAGACGGACCCGGGGACGAACCGGGGUACACGGCCGUCCACGUGCGCGAACGUCCGAGGCGGAGCAACGCGGCAACGCGGUGAGCGACCGAGCGGGCGUCCCUCGGCUGGCGGCGAGCGGCGGAGAGGAUCGAUCAUCGAUCGAAAUAAACGGAAGCGGGGCCGGGCGUCCGCGAAGACGUCCCGCAACGUCGCGAUACGACCGUCGCCGUACGUCGGGCGUCGCUCUUCAACGAGCCGGGCCACACGAGCCCCUGUUCGGGAUCGCGAUCACGCUCACCCGCGGGACAAGAUGUCGAUGGACGCGCUCAGUGACCCCGAGCUGCGGACGAAGCUGAUGGAGUACGGGUACCCGGUGGGACCGGUGACGGACACGACCCGCAAGAUACUCGAAAAGAAACUGAAGAAGCUCAUGGAGGCCCGCGGCGCGGGCGGGGGAGGAGCAGCCUCCCGACACUCGUUGGCCGCCAGAUAUAGCAGCGAGGACACGGACGACGACACAAACACGAGUGUCGUCAAGAAGAAGAAGAGCGCGAACCUGCGCCGGCAAACGAUGGCGAACCCAAUGCCUCCGCCUUCGAUUAUUCCUCCCGAUGUUGUGAACGUGGCGAAAAAUCCGGUCAACGAGAAUCAGUCGCCGCCGCAUUCCGAGUUCAAAAGUCCCACGGCGACGAAUUACGACAACUCGGGCGUGCCUUCUCGCACAACUUUGAAAACCACGCAGAGCAAAUUUAUCAAGACGCAGCGUACCUAUGUAUCUAAGCCAUCUGAGGAUUUAGAGACCGGAUCGGACUCGGAUGUCGCGGGGGAGACUAGAAGCACGUAUGGACGUCCGUACGACAAGUACGUGCCCAACAUCCCGAGCAGCAAAAUAUACGAUUCUCCGGUGUACGAUCGCGGGAAUUUGUCGACCAGGCCUGCCUAUCCGAUUAAGGACAGCAAGUAUAACGUGUCUCCCUUGAAGCCGAGCGUCUCCUCGAUUCAGUCCACGGAGGACGCAAGUGGAAGUGCGAAUCAAACGGAUCCUCUUGCUAAUUAUGAAGCCCCAUAUUUAUCAGCGUUUACAAGGAAUUUACAAGAACUCAAGGAGAAUUCGCGAUCUUUUAUAAACACAUCGUCAUCAUCAUUGAUGAGCUCAAAAAGUCCAUUACGCUAUACUUCGUCACCUGGUUUACCAGAGGUGAAAGAGAGAGAUUCGAAUGGUCACUUCUCUACCGUAAGGGGCAUAUACUCGCAGUGGAGUCAGCCAAGAGUUCGGGAUAUUUUCAGUAGAGCGACUUACAAACCGUCGACGACAAACAGGGAAGAUGUACGAAACAAUCAGAACAUGGUAUCGAUGGGCCUCGUGGCAGUGCUUGCCCUGUUCUUUGUCGUUCUUGCGAUAAUAUAUCUGGGACUUGGUGGGAAAACCGAGACGUUUCCAUCGCUUUCAUCGGAUAACAACAUACCGCAAUGUUUUGUCGAUGGAACUCCUGAUUUUAAAGCGCCUGGGGUAAAUUGCAUAAUGAAGGAAAACAUAGAAUCCGUGUUGCAACUGUUGAAACGCCUGCAACCCAUCCUAACGAGAAAGGCGGUAUCUAAUAUAUGCGAGAAUACGAACGAAAAACCAUAUUUGACCGAUGCGGAUAUCGUGGAGAUGUUUACGAGCGAUAAAGUGACGAGCCUUGAGGUGAAGGAGGAUUUGCACAGCGCGCAAUUCUUAAUCAUUAAGAACCCGAAAUGGGGUAUCUCGCUUAUCGAUGUAAAUGACGAUAACGGAGCAACCACGGAAAUGUUGGAUACUCUAGAUAAAUUGUUUUCCGCUCGUCUAAAUGGAAAAAUUGGGAUGGCGAUUUUAAAUCCUGAGCUGCCAAUGCAAUGCCUCGUUAAGAACAAACUUUUUACCAUCUUUUCUUCUCUCCUUAUAGUGGCAAUCGUCUUAUUAACAGGUAUCGGCAUUUAUAAAUCGUAUCUUUGGUAUCUAAGAUACAAGAAAUCUACGGAGAGAGAGGUAUUUAAGCUUGUUAGCGAUAUUAUAAGUAUCGUUGAGACACAUCAUCAAAAUGCGUCCACGCAACCCGGGGGCGCGCAGGAAAGUUUCCUUGCCAUAAAUCACGUGCGAGACAAUCUUAUUCCACCGAAAGAUCGCAAAAGAAUGGCCGGUCUUUGGGAAAAGGCGGUGAAGUUCUUAGAUGAAAACGAAUCCAGAAUUCGAAGAGAGGUGCAGCAAGUGGCGGGAGAAGAGUUUCAUGUAUGGCGAUGGUUGCCGAAUAACAGUUUGAAUAAAUCUCCGACGCAAAGCGCGAUUUUGGGUAAGAAGCCGAAGGUCUGGCAGGGACAAGCGUUCGAAACGAUGGAGGGAUCGGUUAAUAGCUUGACUUGUUCGCCAACGCCUUGCCUGAAAAUCAGGCACAUGUUUGAUCCAGACAUCGAAACCGAAGACGACUGGGAGACGAGAGUGCAGGAUGCUAUUUUAGAAAAGUGCGGGGAGGGUGUGAACAUACUUCACAUUCGAGUAGACAUCGGUAGUCGUGAAGGUUGCGUUUAUAUGAAAUGUAUGUCGCAGGAAGACGCUGGCAAAGCUUACAGGGCAUUACAUGGUUGUUGGUUCGAUGGUAAUUUAGUGACUGUCAAGUACCUGAGACUAGAGCGUUAUCACGAGCGAUUUCCGGACGCCGCCCGCUGCGUGACGCCUCUCAAGCCGAGUAACAAUCAACGAUUAUCCAUGCAGCUCCAGUACUGGCAGAACCGGGCGGAGGCGAAUUAAAAAGUUCACAUUUUUGUUCGGACAUUCGGAGGAGAGUGCGAGCUCUCGCGUUUAUACAAAAUCAGACACAAUUGUCCCGCAAUUGUCCCGCUGGCCAGAACUUACGGAAUCUGUCUACCUUUUAUUUAUUCCGUGAUGACAUACCUACGUGCCGUACAGCGCAUAUACAUGUUGUAGGAUUGAAGACACUUCUAUUUUAUAAGAGCAUUUUCUUUUAAAUUUCGCUAACUUGUGUAUUAUAUUCUACUUUGUAUCUUUUGAUGAAUGAGACGGAGGCGAUACGUGUUUUUAAUAGUUGAGUAAUAAUAAUAAUUAUAAUAAUAUUAUUAAUAACAGCACACAGUAACAUUAAUAUAUAAUUAAAUAUGCUUUUUGAAGAGCUGUAAAAAAUAUUUUAAUCUGAGUUUUAUAGUAUUUUCAACUAGCAAUAUAUGUGUGCGUAAACAUAACGUAUACAUCGCAUUCUCUAUAGGCCUAUCCAGUACUAAUUCGCAUCAGCUGUACGAAGCGUAUAUGCGGAGAAAUCGAUCAAUUAUACAUCCGAUGUACCGAACGCGGCAGAGUACAGUUUCCUACAUAUUAGGCUUUUGCGAUCGCGUAAUUUCUCUGCGCGUACGGUUACGCCAUCAUUGACGAAAAUAUCGAUUUAAUUACUUAAGAUUAACAAUCCUUUUUUUUUAUAACUGCAUAAGAGAGUUAUUUUUUACGAUGUAUCAUAAAAAUGUACAGUAAAAUAAGAUUAAAUCACUUUGUAAAAAGAUAUCGAGUUAAAUGAUGGAACGGAAACCGGAUAAUACGUUGAUGUUGUUCAAGGAGCAAUAAAUUGCAGACUGAAGCAACGUAUGUGACGUAUAUCUAUGCGUUAUAAAAAGAUUUAAAGCAUGUGUGCGCGCACAAAUCUAUUGUGUUACAGUAAAUUAAGGAAUAUCGAUGAAUAAAAAUAAAUCUGAAAAUUCUAUAAA